CGGACCCCUCCAAAAUCCAGAGGCCUCCAGGACCCCUCCCCAAAAUUCGGAGCCCCCAAAAUUCGGAGCCGUCCGCACCCCUCCAAAACCCGGAAUCCUCUGGAUCUCCCCCAGCCCGGAUUCCUGCAGAGCCCCCAAACCCGAAUUCCUGCGGACCCCUCGGAUCCCCCCACCCCUUAAAGCCCCCCUGACUCUCCAGAGACCCCCACCCCGAUUUGUGUCGCCAUGUCGCGACCGCUGACGGACGCGGACCGGCGGCGGCAGAUCAGCGUGCGGGGCCUGGCGGGGCCCGAGAACGUGGGCGAGCUCAAGAAAAACUUCAACCGGCACCUGCACUUCACCCUCGUCAAGGAUCGCAAUGUCGCGACAUCCCGCGACUACUACAUGGCGCUGGCGCACACCGUGCGCGACCACCUGGUGGGGCGCUGGCUGCGGACACAGCAGUACUACUACGAGAAAGACCCCAAGCGCAUCUAUUACCUGUCCCUGGAGUUCUACAUGGGGCGCACCCUGACCAACACCAUGGUGAAUUUGGGGCUCCAGAGCGGCUGCGACGAGGCGCUCUACCAGCUCGGGCUGGACAUGGAGGAGCUGCAGGAGAUCGAGGAGGACGCGGGGCUGGGCAAUGGCGGCCUGGGGCGGCUGGCAGCGUGUUUCCUGGACUCCAUGGCCACGCUGGGUCUCGCCGCCUACGGUUACGGGAUCCGCUACGAGUUCGGCAUCUUCAACCAGCGCAUCGCGGGGGGCUGGCAGGUGGAGGAGGCCGAUGAUUGGCUGCGCUACGGGAACCCCUGGGAGAAGGCGCGGCCCGAGUACACGAUCCCGGUGCGCUUCUACGGGCGCGUGGAGCACGGGCCCGAGGGGGCGCGGUGGGUGGACACGCAGGUGGUGCUGGCCCUGCCCUAUGACACGCCCGUGCCCGGGUACCGCAACAACACGGUGAACACGCUGCGCCUGUGGUCAGCGCGCGCCCCCAACGACUUCAACCUCAAGGACUUCAAUGUCGGGGGGUACGUCCAGGCCGUGCUGGACCGAAACCUGGCCGAGAACAUCUCCAGAGUGCUGUACCCCAAUGACAACGUGAGAAAUUGGGGGGUCCUGGGGGAGUCUGGGGGAGUCUGGGGGGGUCUGGGGGUCCUGAAGGAGUUUGGGGGGGUUUGGGGGCUCUGGGACCCCCGAAACCUGGCCGAGAACAUCUCCCGAGUGCUGUACCCCAAUGGCAACGUGGCGAUCCAGCUGAACGACACCCACCCCUCGCUGGCCAUCCCCGAGCUGAUGCGGAUCCUGCUGGACGAGGAGCACCUGGGGUGGGACCAGGCGUGGGACAUCACGGUGCGCACCUGCGCCUACACCAACCACACGGUGCUGCCCGAGGCGCUGGAGCGCUGGCCCGUUCACCUGCUGGAGUCGCUGCUGCCGCGGCACCUGCAGCUCAUCUACGAGAUCAACCAGCGCUUCCUCGACCGCGUGUACGCGCAGUUCCCGGGGGACCUGGAGCGGCUCCGCCGGAUGUCGCUGGUGGAGGAGGGCGCCGUGAAGCGAAUCAACAUGGCGCACCUGUGCAUCGUGGGCGCGCACGCCGUCAACGGCGUGGCCGAGAUCCACUCGCAGAUCCUCAAGGACAGCGUGUUUAAGGAUUUCUAUGAGCUGGAGCCGCACAAGUUCCAGAACAAAACCAACGGCAUCACCCCGAGGCGCUGGCUGGUGAUGUGCAACCCCGGGCUGGCCGAGGUCAUCGCGCAGCGCAUCGGGGAGGAUUUCGUGUCCGACCUGGACCAGCUGCAGCGGCUCCGCGACUUCGUGGACGACGAGAGCUUCAUCCGGGACGUGGCCAACGUCAAACAGGUCAUCACCCUCUACAACUGGAUCAAGAAGGACCCCGGGAAACCUUUCGUGCCCCGAACCAUCAUGAUCGGGGUGUCUGUUGGGGUCCACGUGGUCCCACCGAGGUCCACUGGGCACAGCAUGAUCAUCAGGCUGGUGACGGCCAUCGGGGACGUGGUCAACCACGACCCGGCCGUGGGCGACCGCCUGCGGGUGCUGUUCCUGGAGAAUUACCGUGUGUCGCUGGCCGAGAAGGUGAUCCCGGCCGCAGACCUGUCGGAGCAGAUCUCCACGGCGGGCACCGAGGCCUCGGGCACCGGGAACAUGAAGUUCAUGCUGAACGGGGCGCUGACCAUCGGCACCAUGGACGGCGCCAACGUGGAGAUGGCCGAGGAGGCCGGGGAGCAGAACCUGUUCAUCUUCGGCAUGAGGGUGCCGGACGUGGAGGCGCUGGACAGGAAGGGGUACCGGGCCCAGGAGUUCUAUGACCGCCUGCCCGAGCUCCGCCAGGCCGUGGACCAGCUCAGCUCCGGCUUCUUCAGCCCCCGGCAGCCCGACCUGUUCCGCGACAUCGUCAACAUGCUGAUGAACCACGACAGGUUUAAGGUGUUCGCGGAUUACGAGGCCUACGUGAAGUGCCAGGAGAAAGUCAGCGCCCUCUACAAGAACCAGCGGGAGUGGACCCGGACCGUGAUCCGGAACGUGGCGGCCGCGGGGAAAUUCUCGAGCGACCGCACGAUCGCUCAGUACGCGCGGGAGAUCUGGGGCUGCGAGCCGAGCCGGCAGCGCAUCCCCGCGCCCGACGAUCCCCGGGAAUAA